AGUGAGUGUUUCCGGUAUUUACGCAACAGUUCUACGAUAUUAUUAUCACAAUUAAACUAAUCAAACUUAGUUCAAGGUUUACGGGUAAAUGUUAGACGACAUGCUUAGUACUUAAAUUGUGGUUGGAGUUGUGCAUUUGCUUGUUGCGCGGUGUUGUGUAUACUCUGCUGUCCCUUUGUGUCGCUAAAGUCGUGCUUUUAUUUGGAAAGUCACAAGGAGGAAGUAGCGCGCACUGCUGGCCGCUAGCUCGACGCGGCCGUAAUAUCCUGUGUGGAAGGCGACAAAUAUCUGACAGCGUGAUUUUUAAAAGCCUUUUUCGUUCAUGUUGAAUGUCUUAUGGUUCGUUGGGUUGCAGGGGGCUAAGUUAGGCCUCGUUGAGAGGAGAAGACGAUUGGUUUGGUGUGAUAUUGUCCAGUUGCGCUCUCAAAUCAAUGGCCGUUAGCUAGUGGGAGGUUAGCUGGACGGCGCUGGCGGCAGUCGUGGCUAAUGUUAACGUCAGGUCGGGAGCGACGAUCACUAAUGGUGUUGUUCGCUGGCCGCUCUGCGAUCAGCACCAGGGCCCAGUGCGCGCGGCGCCCCAAUGGACUCAGCAGCUCGCCGCUAGCGUUCCGGGGCGAGCGAUCGUCGUGUGCUUCGUAUUUGCAGCGCUCGGUGCCACGGCGCACGUAUCCGUCCACGUCUCGCCUCGCCUCGUCGUCCGUGUUUCACGUCGCCAGCUGAGUUAGGCCACGUCUCUGCGGGCGUAUUUCUGCUCCUGACGCGGGGCGGUCUGGAGAGAGGAUGCCCAGUGUGCGGAAGCAGAGCGAAGAGACGGCGUGCGAAAAGCGCUGAGCGUCCACGGUUGUGUGUCUGGAUCGCGCGUUCACGAACGGCUGCCGCAUACACACGACAUGUCACGUAGACGGACGCGUUCCACACCGGGAGAAUCCGCGCGCUGAGCCCUGCAUGUUGCGUCGGUAACUUGAGGAAUCGUCUCGCUUCGUCGCUUAAAAUGGUCGGGUUCGGCGCGAACCGCCGCGGAGGCCGCCUGCCGUCCUUCAUCCUCAUCUUCCUGAUGGUGGUCCUCGCCAUACUGUCGUUCAACUACUGGACGGUGUCCAACAAGCACGGCCGCGUGCUGGACGAGCUGGCGGAGGUGCAGACGCAGGUGAAGCGCACGGAGGCGGCGCGCAGCCGCCUGGAGAAGCGCAACUCGGAGCUGAUGGUGCAGGUGGACGCGCACAAGAAGCAGAUCGACCAGAGGGACGGAGACUACAGCGUCCUGGAGGGCAAGCUGCAGGCGCGAGAGUCUCUCGUUAAGAAGUGCACGGAUGAUAAGGUAAAGCUGCAGGGUGAUGUCACAGCCCAGAUGACAGAAAUCCAGAGACUGAAAGAGCAGCUGAAGGAGCUAAAACAAGAAUUUAUGAAACAGGAAGAGCAGCUAAGGGAAGUGAAGAAAAACAGUACUACAUUGGAAAGAAAACUGGAGUAUGAGAGUUUACAGUGUGGACGACAGAUUGCACAGCUGAAGGAAGAAUAUGAAGAAUCAAAAAAGACUCUGGUGGAAGAAGCAUCCAAGCUAAGACUGAAUGUCAUGGAUGGCCAAAAGGGUGCAGUGGCAGGUAGACGUGCAGAUGGAGCAGCUGGUGGGGAUAUGGUUGGAGAGCGCCAUGUAGUGGUCACUCACCGACAUGACAGUCCAGAUUUAAAAGAUGAGAUGGGUAAGCCCGGCAGUGAUGCUGGCAUGCCUGGUAUAGAAGACAGCGAGGUGGGGAAAAUUGAUGAUGUCCAGUUUGCCUUGAAGAAACCAGCUAUCACUCAGAAGCAUGGUGAUGCCCCUGGUUUAGCUUUGGGUGCUGAGGCUGGAGUUGGGGCAGCUGAUGGGCUCAGGGGCCAGGGCCUGGCCCUGGACCAGCCUAACCUGCAGCAGGAGAGAGGGGAGGGCCGCGGAGCUGUUUUUGCACCUCCAGGUGCCAUGAAGCAGGCAGACAAGCCCAUAGUGUUUGAGGAGGACAAUAAGGCAGGGGUCAAGGCAGACGAGCUGGGAGAACAGCAAAAGCAACUUCAAGCUCCUGAUAAUGUCAAGGGUGAAAAUGAACGCUUGAAAGAGAUUCCUCUGCCACCCAACCCUGCCCAGGUGCCCAACCCCAUCCAGGCUCAACGUGGCAGAGACCAAAUGGCAGCAGAGCCACUACACCACCGCCAAAGCCGGUUCUUUGAUGAGAACGAGUCCCCAGUAGAUCCGCAACACGGCUCUAAGCUGGCGGACUACAAUGGGGAUGAUGGGAACGUGGGUGAGUAUGAGGCCGACAAGCAGGCUGAGCUGGCUUACAAUGAGGAAGAGGAUGGUGAUGGUGGGGAGGAAGACGUUCAAGAUGACGACGAUCGAGAAAUGCAGGGAGAUCGAGCAGUGGAUUAUGGGAAAAGACAUCAAGCCAUUGACAUUCUCUGAAUGGGAAGUCAUGCCGCUGUAAUUCAUUAAAAUAUUCUGACCUUUCUCUACGAGAACGGUCUCUCUCAGCUAAAUAGUACAAACAUCAGUAUGUUUAAGACUUUGUAGGGUGCAUCUUCAAUGUCAUGGACUGUUUUGAAAAAGAGACAUUGCAAAUAAUUAACUCUGGUCAACAGAAAACAUAAUACCAAGAAAAAAAGGCAUUGUCCUGCGCUGCUGUUGAUUUGCUAAUGUUUCUAAGUUAUGAGAGUAGAGAUGAUAUACUAUAUAUUGACUGUUGAGUGUUGUCACUUGAUAACUGUCUCAGUUAACAACGGGGUGAUCUUAAUGAGCCGUGUUGAAUCACAUUUGGACUCUUGAGGUCGAACUGUGUUGUGUUUUUGCUACUUUUUUCAGGUUGCAGUUGCUCCAUUGUAAAACAAAGUCAUCACCUGAGAUGUUUAUCAAAGAGACUAAUUCAACUUUCUGCCUUUCUUACAUCAUUUUGGGACAUGGAUGAACAUUUUUGUUUACAGGAGUGGGAAAACAAUACAAAUGCCAAGGACUCUUCUCAUGGCCUAUUAAAUCAGUUUAUUUCUUUGUGACAGACACUUGAAAGUGCUCCACAAUCAGUUUUUAUUAAUGCUAUUGCAUGUAUUUGAAACUUUUUUUCUUGACAUCAGAACUGAGCAAAAUAAUGAUGCCUAAGCAAUACUUAGAGCGAUGUUAGUUCCCCUCUGCGGUGUGCGAAGGUAAACCAAGCACAUAGGGGACUGACAUACUGUAAACAUGCUUCCAUGAAUGAGGUCUCUUGUACAUAAUGUAGUUGAUCUGUUCCCAUUUGCAUUGAGGAAACCCUUUUCCUCAUCUGUAGGGAAAUAGGAAAGAUAAAAAUAGUUGUCUGUGCAGCCAGGAAAGUUGAUUUCUCAUGGAAAAAGGCACAUUGAAUGUAAUUUAAAUUUAUUAAAGGUAAUGCUUCAUGUCA